AUGUGCCGCCGGGCGGGGUGCGGGCAGUGCGUCUCUGAGGAGCACCAAGGCAUCUUCCACUCCGUCAACCUCAUCGACACUGUGUACCAAGAGGAAAAAUUAACCUUCUUCAGCAGUCUGAAACAAAUGCGAGUAAUAAAUGAGAAGCUGGUGGAUGAAAUCUCAAGUCAAUCGAAUGAUACAGAUAUGGUGCUGAACAAUGAUGCAGAGAUAAUUGCACUGGAAUUUGAAGAAAUUUUCAAAACUCUGGAAAUGAAGAAAGGGCAAUUGCUACAAGAUGUUGAAAAUCAAAGAAGUAAAAAAGAGAAAGAAUUUCAGAUUUGGAAGAAAAUGAAGGAAACUCACAAGAAGACCAUUGAGAAUUUUUUGAAGGAUUGUGAAAAGCUGGUCCAUGAGUGUGAUCCUCAACGUUUCCUGGAGGUGGCCUGUGGCUUGAAUACAAGAAUGAAAACCCAGCUUGACCUGAUGAAUAUAGCAUCCAGCUAUGAAAAACCACCAGAGUAUACCCAAAAGAAGAUGGAUAUCAAACCUGUGGUUAAUGAAAUCUUGGCUUUGAAGUUAAUGCCCGUUAAUGUAGGCAUCGUUAAAGAUCUACCUUCUGGAGGAAAUGAGAACUCAACAAAAAAUACUCUAUUUAAAAAUAACAUAAAGCAAUGGCAGGACCAGAAGAAUAUACCCAACACGUUUCUUCCUGUAGCAGGACAGGAGGAGGCGCUAGCAGAUGGUAGCAGGAUCUGUACUCGCUUAAUGUCAAUAUCAGAAAUGUCAGCGUUUCAGAACAUGAGUCAUGAGGAGUUACGUUACAAAUACUAUAUGGAACGUCAGAAGCUCUCAGAUGAGUUCAAGAUACAAACUUUACCUGCAAAUAAAAAGUAUAAAUUUGUAACUGCCGAGGCUUUGAAGGAUAGGUCCUCAGGAACUCCUUUUGUUUCUUCACCCACCAAAGCAAAUAACACUAAAGUAAAAACGGGUACCCUGCAAAGAGGAGAUGGAUUUGACGAGAGAAGCUUUUCUGGAACCAGUAAUUGCAGCAUCCCAUCCACAAAUGUGAACUUUUUUGAAACAAAUUGUGACUUAAAAUUAUUUCAUCAGAGAAGUUCCCAGGAAGUAACCACUCCAGCCUUAUCGGAAAACUGUAAAGACCUAGUAAUUAAAGAAAAAUUGCCAGUGCAAGCAUCGACAGUUAUUGUUUCCAGCGAAACAGACACAAAUUCUAGCACUUCAUCCAGCUUAAAACCAGGAGCAUCAGUAGCUGUUUCAGAUUCAAAACUUCUAGAUGGUUCUGCAGAAAGACUCUCUGCUUCACCUUUUGCUUUCAGUGCAUGUAACAACACAUUACCCAGAUUUAUUAAAGAUGCAGGUAUGUUUUCCUUUAAAAAGAAAGACAAGAAAUAUGUUUUCCCUCAGUUUUAUCUAGGAAAAUGUGCUCGUGUGGAUAAAACUGAUAACCAGGAUGAAAGCAAAUUUAGAAAACAUGGUCCUGUAACCGAAACAACAGUUUCCGAUGCUUCAACCAGUCCUAAUUUAGACUCGGCAGAAAGUGAUAAGCGAGAUUUUUCAUUUCCCUUUGGCAAUUCAGAAAGGGGUUGUUUUGCAGAAUCAGGAGUCAGCAAUUCAUUUAAGGCUUUACCAUUAUCCUCAUUUUUUAGCCAAUCGGAGAAGCCAUCUGACAAAAAUAUGUCAUCUCACAUGAGAGAAAAAACACUUUCUGCAAAGGAAACUGCAGAACAUGAUACAGAGAAACCAUCUGUCUCAUGGGAACAAAACCCCAAUGCCUCAGAAUCCUUCGCAACUGUUUCUGAAGUACUGCAGGCUACCAACACUGCAGCUGGGGUGAAUGAUGUCUCAGAGUCCCCCCUUCUCCCCAGUAAUUGUGUCUUUUCCUUCAGAAAUAACUCUUUUCAGUUGCCUUCACCAGUAUUUUCAUUUGGAAGUCCUGUCAGAAAUACCCCUGAUUCGCUGACUUCCUCCAUGUUUUUGUCUCGAAACAGUACUGAAAAAACAGAGGAAAUGAAAUCUCCUGACAAAACGCCUCUAAAUCUAGGGAAACCUGUAUUUUCAGAGUGUGCUGAGCCUGCUUCUAGACAUAGUCAUCCAAAAUGUGAAUUGCCAUUCUUUCCUUUGAACUCACCUAAGAAAACUGAAAGUGCAAAAACACUUGCCAAUAGUAAUUCUUCUUGUAGUCAGCCUUUAUGUUCAAUUGUCCUUCCUGUUAAAUAUGAGAAUGCAUCUUCCACUCAACUUACUACGGCAACAAAACAAGAAAUAAAGGUAAAAGAUGAAGAAAGUGAAACUGUUGCUGAAAACAACUCUUGCUGUCCUAGGAGGGAAGAUGAACAGUUUCAGAAUGCAGCUUGUUCUGUUCCUGGCAAGUGCAAUGAUCCAUCUUCAGGAGGUUCUGUGCUUACAGGAAACGAGGCAGGAGGAAUACCAAGCGACAGCGAUUCUGACACUGAAGAGCUAAGUCAAACAUUGUCUCUACUGAUACAAGCAGUGCAUCAGAAUAUUUUUCUGUUGCAGAAGACAAAGUAUCUAUUAGAAGAAGAUCGGAGACAUAAAUAG